AUGGCUCACACGGAAUCCAAGAGCACCACACUCAGCUUAAGCCAGGUUGCAAGAUACAGAGCAUCAAGACACGGAGCCCACCGUGCUGCGAAACUCGCAGCGAAGGAGCGGAGGCGUGAUAUGGGGAAAUCGUCCGCAAAGUGCCCACCAGCGGCAAAUGUCUCUUCCUACCGCACGCUUCCCGUCUAUUUCAUUGAAUAUCUCCCGCAGCAGCUUGGCCUUCAGCCGCAGGAUGCCAGCUCGGCCAGCGUCGAAACAUCGGUGACACCACCGCCAUCGUCUGCAUCAGCAUCCUCGCGCUUUCCCAUCGGACUCUCCUGUGCAAUGUCUCGUCGAUCGUCGGCUCUCGCAGUCCUAGCCCUCCAGCUUGCUGUUGCCGCCGCGAAAGCAACGUCGGCCGUCGAGAUCCUUUCGCAGGUUCCGUCGUGUGCCUCUGAGUGCAUCAGCAGCACAUUCAUGACGUCCGCCUGCGAUCCAGAAGACGUGACUACGUGCAUCUGUCUCAAUAUUGCUACCCAAUCGGAGCUUUCGACAUCUGCGGCGGCGGUGGAGGGUGUCCUGUGCGAAGCGUAUCCAAAAGCAUCGCGAAGGACAGAGGUCCGACAGACGCUCAUCAUCAGCUGCAGUCUCGUGUUGUUCAUUGUGACGCUUCGUCUUUUCACGAGCAGACGGUACGCCGGUGGUCUAUGGAGGGAUGACUACAUGACCAUCCUCGCGGCGGCACUCCUCAUCGCCUUGGCCGCGGUCUAUCUGCACAUCACCAGCAUCGGUUUCGGCAUGCACUACUGGACGAUACCGGUUGGUAAUGGAGUCGUUAUCCGUAAGAUGCUUUACGUCGGAAACUUGAUCUACAUCGUCCUCCAAGCUGCCGUGAAGCUGUCCAUCGUGCUUUUUCUCGGCCGCAUCUUCCCAUCGGAGACCUUUCGGAGGAUCGCUCAGGGUAUCCAGAUCAUUCUCCUACUGCAUGGCACGCUCUUCACCAUCCCCUUCGCGACGCAAUGCGUGCCUGUGCAGUCGAUCUGGGAUCGUACCAUCACCGACCGUCGAUGUCUUAACUUGCAAGCGGUGGGCUACAGUAGUGGCGGACUCGCCAUGGCGGAAGACGUCGCCAUCUUGCUCCUGCCAAUCCCCUACGUGUGGCGGCUCAAGAUUUCCCUCCAGCGACGCCUGGCCGUCAUCGCGCUGUUCAGCGUUGGUUCGUUCGCGUGUGUGACGUCGGCGGUCCGGGUCAGAUACCUGGUGGAGUAUAGCACCACGUUCGACGAGACGUGGGACCAUGUCGAUAUUGUGGUGUGGUCGUUCAUCGAGCAGUCGACGGCGAUGCUGUGUGCGAGCCUGCCCAGUCUACGUCUACUGCUCGUCAGCGUCUGGUGCCGACGUCGGUCUGCAUCGUCGGAGAGCUCUUUCAGCAAGGACAGUCCGAAACACAGGUGGACUCGUUCUGUCGAUAGACUGAGGCGACACCGGACGCAGAUACGGAGGGAUAGCGGCCCCGGACCGCAGCACACGGGCGACGGCGUGCUUGUAACAACCACGGUGGAAGUCGAUCGGCAGUCCUACGUAGCCCCAGACGUGCCGCCCUUUCCGCCGCCUGCCUACUCUGGGCGUAGCAAUUACACAUAA